UCUUCAUAAGCGUUUUUGAUCUUUCUCUCUCUGGAAGGGAAGAAGAAAAGCUUAGAUUGAAGCAUCAAUGGUGAUAUAAGUGAGAACAAUAAUAAGGUUAAAGUUCUUCAAGAGAUGGGUGUUUGUGCUUCGGUGGAAAAAGAGACAAAGUCGGUCAAUAAACUUCAACAGUCAUUAAGUUCUAAAAAUGUCAAUUUGGUGAAUCCAUCUCCGAUCAUACUUGAUCGUCCCAUCUCCGGCCGUGAUUUCAAAUCCCAAUGGACGCCGACUCAAUCCGUCACAGCUUUCCGUGAUUUAGGUAGCAAAGAAGAUGUUUUCUUUGAAUCACAGCCAUGGUUAGAAUCUGACUGUGAAGAUGAUUUCUUCAGUGUCAAAGGGGAUUUUACACCUUCAAGAGGGAAUACUCCAGUUCAUCAUAGCUUCUCCAAAGGAGGAUCAGGAACUCCAAGACUUAAUAUAUUAUCUUCCCCUUUUAAUAUGAAAUUGACAAGUGAUUCAUCUUCAAAGCCAUCUCCAUCUCCAUCUCCAACCGAUAGGAAGAAGAAGAUGCUUCUGGAACUGUUCAGAGAGAGUAUAGGAGGUGAUCAAGAUCUCUAUGAUAUACUACAAAAGACUAAAACAGAUGAAGAGAAUGCAGUUGGUGGUGGUACUCCACAGGCAGUAAAGGCAUCUCCUUUAAGCAGUGGGAAGAUGACUCCGAUCAGACCGGAGAAGCGGAUUCCGGUCAAGUCGGGUCAAUGUUGUUUCCCGAGAAUCAGCCCGGGAGGAGGAGCAAAGAAGACCAGCCCAAUUGCCACCAUGGGUUGACAUGCACAAACACUUAAAACACAGACAGACCCUUACUUUAGUUGGAACUUGAAAAUUUAUCCGACCCGUACCCGUACCCGGUCCAACUAUGCUCUAAUGGAGUGAACACAAGUGGCACCAAAAUAUUUCUAGACUUUUCUCUAUUAUAUUUAUUAUAUUUUGCGGUUUCCUUUCUAAGAAGUAACUGAGUACAUAUAUGUUUAAUUAUCCUUCAUUUUAUUUUUAUUAUUAUUAUAAACUUUUAAAAUGUGAAAAUAACAAAAAUGCAACAUUUUGUGUA